UUGUAGUUUGACAGUUCCACAGGUUUUAGUCCGUAGUUCAAAGGAACAGACUAAUUGUAUUUAUUCCCGCCGAAGGAAAAUUCAAACCAUCAAACAUGUUAUCAGUGAACAAAGCCGCAACAAAGAGGAGCCGGGCCUCCGCCGAGCAACUGAGCGGAAUGGUGGACUUCUUUGCGGAGAAUCCUGGAUUGGCUGGCGGAAAGUUCCAGCAGCUCCAUGGAAAGUUGGAGCUUCAAAAGAAGUGGGAGGAAAUGGCCGUGAGGUUAAACGCCAUGGGAGGAGGAGGGAAGUCUGCCGACCAAUGGCGCACGGUUUGGCGCGGUUUAAAAAUCCGCACAAGCAAUCGGGUGCGCGAUCGCAAGAGGCAGCAGGUUUAACCGGCAACAGGCCCAUCAACCGGGCUCCCUUAACGGAGCUGGAGCAGCGUGCGGUUGCCAUCGUUGGGAGCCACUACAUAGAGGGUCAUGAAUCGGUGGUGGACAAUGUGCCAAUGGAAGAGGAGCUGCAGUUGGCCCUGGAGGAUGGGGAAGAGCUAAUCCUCACGGAAAUAUCCCCAGAAUCUGCUGUCCCAUGUAAUUGGUACACCCCUAAAUCUCCUGCACAGAAGACACCGCGCAGGAGUUGGAAGCGGAAGAGGGAGGAGGACGAAAGCGAAGUCCAGAUUAAAUAUAUGGAAAUUGCUCAAAAGCAGGCGGAUGCUAUGCAGAUGCUCGCCGAAGGAUUCACACGGCUUGUUGAAGUUCAAGCUACUUCAGCGAGCUUUAUACAGACCUUAGGGGAAGGCAUGAAAAGCUGCGCGGAUGCCAUUAACAAUUUGGCCAAG